AUGUCUUUCCAAUCAACCACCUUCAAGCUCCGCACUCCCGCCCACAUUGAGUCCUGCCACUUGCUCGGCUCAUGGGAUAAGUACGAGAAGAAGAUGUCCAUGGCCCAGGAUACCGCCGCUGGCCCCGGUUUCUGGAAGAUCACCCUAAAAUUCCCUGCUACCCCCUCCAGGUUCUGGUACUACUAUGUCCUUGAUGGAUACUUCGAGUCCCACGACCCCAACCAACCCACCUGCAAGGAGCCUACCCGCGGCAUCACGCUCAAUAUUCUCGAGACCGGCGUCGGGUCACCUCGUGAAGCCAGCCCGACUUCUUCGACCUCCUCCUCCCGCAGCUCCUCCCGCUUCCCCUCCCCAAGCUCUUCGAUAUCUUCCCGCGGCUCUUCACCCGCCCAGUCUGAGCGCCGCAGGCAACAGUCCCCACCAAGAUAUCGCCCAGCGUCCCACAUCAUCCAGCCAGUACCCCGAAACCCCCUCGCUAUGCACAAGCUUACCCUCGACACCAAUAUCCGCCCAGUAAGUGUCAUGACCAGCGCCGCCACCACAUGCGGAGACUCGCCAAUCUCAUCCGCAUACUCAUCUCGCUCAAACUCGACCGUCUUCUCCGACGAGGAUUCACCAAUCACCCCCAUUGACGAUUGCGACUGCCCAUUCACCGAAAGCCAUGGCCACUCGUACUUUGAGGAUGACUCAUGCUCUGAAUACUGCUCGUCCGAGGAUGAAGAAGAGUACGAGCGCAGGCAGAUCCGCGUCUCAAAGCGCGCGAGCUACCACCCAUCAAAGGCAGGUCAUGGCGGACAAUUGGCAUACGAACUCGAGCAGAGACUGAGGAUGUAG